AUGGCUAAUCUCACAAUAAGAGAGCAGCUAAUUUUUACACUAAUAAGACUACGAAGACGGCCUACUCUAGCUUCUUUGUGUUACGUAUUUGGAAUUUCUGUUGGAUCUGGCAGUAAGGUGUUUGUAACAUGGGUUCUUUUCUUGGAGAAAGAACUCGAAUUCUUAUUAAAUUUCUCAACAUUGGCUGAUAUGGAAGGAGUAAAACGUCCAAAAGUUUUCAGAAAGUCAAAGUACUUGAAUCUACGAAGCAUUGUUGAUUGCACAGAACUGUACAUUGAGAAGCCAUCUCUGCCAUCCAGUCAACGCAGAACGUUCAGCACGUAUAAGUCACACAACACCUUUAAGUUAUUAGUUUCUCUAUCACCACUUUGCCAUAUUAACUUCGUGUCAAAAUUGUAUACUGGUGCAAUAAGCGAUAAGGAAAUUAUCCAGCAAAGUGGUUUUCUUGACUAUAUUGAACCUGGAGAUACGAUAAUGGCUGAUAAGGGGUUUAACAUUCAAGAUCUUUUAGCCAUAAAGAGUGCAACCCUAAUAGCCCCUCCUGUCAUGUCAAGUAAAAACGUCUCAUCGCGUGCCUCAACAGCAACCAGAAGAGUGGCCACAUCCAGAGCACAUGUGGAAAGAAUCAUCCGGAAAUUAAAGUGCUUUAGUGUUCUGAGAGGAGUCAUUCCAUUGACAUUCAAGUCUUAUGUUACCUCGAUUGUGAGAGUCUGUGCUGCUAUUGUAAAUUUACAACCAAGAAUAAUUAAAGUUUAA